GCGUACUAUAUAUUGUGGAUAUGCAUGGGUAUAGUAGACAAAAUCAUUUAAUUAUUAUAGUUAUAAAAAAAGAAAAAAAAAUGUUUAAUUACUAUGGUAGGAAUCGUUGGACCUCCUCCUCCUCUCCUAGUAGCAUCACCUUCAACUCCUCCAACUCCAAGUACUACGUCCAAUUCGGAGGUAGGAGAAUCGAGACCACGGUGACCGACAGAGCCGCCGUGGCCAACGAGUGGGUGGCCCACGUCCGCCUGAAGCACGCCAGCCGCGGCGAGCCAACGGUCGUGGUGGGUCUGGACAACGAGUGGCGGCCCCACCCGGUCCGGUACAUGAGCAACAAAUCCGCCACCCUGCAACUGUGCAUAGACGAGGACUGCCUCAUCCUCCAGCUCUUCCACAUGGAAAGAGUCCCUGAAGAGCUGAAGGAGUUCCUCGCGGACCCCACGUUCGUGUUCGUUGGGGUUGAGGUGGCGGACGAUGUUCGGAAGCUGAGGGAGGAGUACGGGCUGGUGUGCGCGAGGAGCGAGGACAUCCGGGAGCUGGCGAAGCGGAAAUGGCCGGGCCGGUUCAGCCGGCCCGGCCUGAAGGAUCUGGCGAGCGAGGUGUGUGGGCUCCACAUGCCGAAACCGAAACACGUGUGCAUGAGUAACUGGGAAGUGAGGGAGUUGAGCUCAACUCAGGUUGAGUAUGGAUGCAUCGAUGCCUAUGCUUCUUAUAAGAUUGGUCACCUUCUAAUCUUGGAAAAUAAUUAAGUAUCACUAGUAUUGUUUUUAAUUUAUUUCCUGAUCAAAGAGUAAAAAAUAAUAAUAAAUGUUGCUAUAACACCAAGUUUGACACAAAAGUUGACAUCAUAACUAUUGCUUAUGAGAUACUAGUAGUGUCAACUUUUUUGUCACGUGUUAUUGUAGCAUGACCUAAAAUUAAUAGUGUGUUAUUCCUCCUUAGCUUGUUGUCCUCUUUUUACAAUGAAAUAAACAAAUGGAU